CUUUGAAGUGGUUUUAACUAUGUAUGGCAUGACUAUGAGCAGAUAGGCCAAAUUGGAAGCAUUGGCACGGAACACAUUACUGCGAUUGGAAAAGGACAAGAAAAAGUUAGAGGUUACAAGGUUAGGAGGUUACAAUUAGAAAGGUUGGAAAGAAAGAGAAAGAAAAUGGAGUCGAAUGCCGAAAGAAGAAGAGAAAAAAUUGUUGAAGAGAACAUGAAUUCAGGUCAUCAGUAAAAUAAACCAGAUUUAUUCACAGAGGACGUUAUAAAGUUGUCAUAUCAUCUGGUCCUUCGAUUACAGAAAUAGCUAUAUUACACUAUUGUACAUUCUGUCAAGAAAAACGAAAGAAGAGCAUGGAAUUAGUAGGUACUCCGUACAACGAAGUACUUGUAAAUAAAUCCAUGCAUUCAGAUUUCCGAAUUUGCAUUCCUGAUUCGGAAAUCGAUCAUGGCCAUGAUAAGUGUCAAGCAAUCCCGUGGUGAUGGAUUGUCAAUGUCAAACAGCAAUAGUGGUUGUCAAAUGAAAAAUCAAAACAUUCUGACCACGUGAGAGGUCAGAAAUUUUGUAAUUUAGUUCAAUCAAUUCGAAGAUAUAGAUAACUCACAUAUAAUGCCUAAAAUUAAGAAAAAUCUAGAUAAAUUAAAACACCCCAAUAGCAGGAAAACGCUGUCACUAGCCAAGCAAAUUAAGAAAGGUGAGAAACGAGAUCAAAGCAAACUGGGCACUCAUAUAAAACAAAACUUGAUUGGUGAGAAAAUUAUGUGGUUCAAAGAUAGGAUACCAGAAGGAUGUAGUAUUUUAACUAAAGAGCAAACUUUGGAACUGAUGGAGAAUUAUUUGUCACGGUUUGACGAAGAAUUAGAGCAAAUAGCUUUGAAGAACUCAGUUGGUCAGAGAAGGAACCGCCAACACGCUAGCAGGGAAGAUAUAAUCAAUAUAACUAAGAAGAAAGAGCAUGAAGAGUUUGAAUCCUGUGGGUUAGAAAUGCCAGACUUGAUGAAUGCCCAGCAGAUGCAAGUUCUAAGGAAUUGGAAUGGAGAGUUGAGGUUCUUACAGAAUUUCAAACUGCGAAGGAUAGCUAAGAAACAUUUAAUAUAGUGUGGAAAUAUAA